UCCCCCACUCUCAGGCGGCGGCCCCGGAAGGGCUCCAUCCUCACUGAAACCAAACGGGUGUCGUACAUUGAACCCAUAAGCGACGAUGAAGAAGACUGCGAGUCAGACACCACGGCGAACGAGCAAGUACGCACCCGUACACGUGCACAGGAGAAGAUCAACCAAUAUGUGGUGCUGGGCGAUCUGGGGCGUGGGGCCCAGGGGGUGGUGAAGAAAGCGUUAAACGAGAAGGACGGCAGGAAAUACGCAAUCAAAAUGAUAUCUAAGAAGAAAUUGAAGCGUAAUAUCAUGUUCAAACGUAAUAUCCUACGGCCACCCGGGGCCAGGAGGUCUCUGGUCCUCCCUCCGAAUGCGGCCCUGAAAUCUGCAGAAGACGAUGAAAUGAAAAAGGAAAUAGCCAUUCUGAAGAAAUUGGAUCACCCGAAUAUUGUGAAAUGCGUAGAAAUAAUGGACGACCCGGAAGAGGAUAAUAU